AUGAGAGAAAAAUUAAUACUUAUACUAUUGGCUUUAAUCAGCUUCAGCGCAUGUUAACCAAUAAACUAGACUCAAUUAUGGUUUGAUUAUUAGUUGACUGACCACUUUAAUAUUACUAACAAUAGAACUUGGUCAUAAAGAUAUUGGGUUUUAGAUUAAUAUUAUAACCCUUAAAAUGGAUCAGUUUUACUUUAUAUUUGUGGAGAAUAUACUUGCCCUGGAAUACCUGAAGAGCGUUAAUUCCCUAUUUUAUUAGCUUAAAAAUUUAGUAGUUUAGUUUUAGUACUUGAGCACAGAUUUUAUGGUAACUCUAUGCCUUUUGGAGACUAAUCUAUGAAAUAACAUAAUCUUUACUUAUUGAAUGUUGAUUAAGCUUUGGCUGAUUUAGCAUACUUUAUCACUUAUGUUAAAGAUCAUCAUUUGCAUGGUGUUCAAAAUCAUAUUCCAUGGUUAACUAUUGGAGGUUCAUACCCAGGAGCAAUGUCAGCAUGGUUCAGAUAUAAAUAUCCUCAUUUAACUGUUGGAGCUUUAGCCUCAAGUGCAGUUGUUAAUGCUAUUUUAGACUAUUACUAAAUGGAUUAAUAGGUAAUUCUUUCAGCUCUUCGUUCUGGAGAAAAAUGUGCUCAAUCUAUCCAUGAUCUGAACAUAUAUGUUUAGAAUUUAUUACAAAAUCCAACAAGUGCUUAUGAAAUCAAAAAAUAAUUUAAUGCAGAACAUUUAAAUAAUGGAGAAUUCCUCUACUUCUAUACUGAUAUUUUUACUGGAAUGGUAUAAUAUGGUUCUCGUACUGUCCUUUGUAAUCAAACUUUGAAUUAUCCAACAAUUGAGUAAUAAUAUCAAUCUAUUUUAAACUAUACCAAGGAAAAUAACGUAACUGUUAACUAUUAUGGUUCAUACUAUCUUAGAAAUGAUACAUAUGAUCCUGAAAAUGAUGGAUCUAGAUAAUGGACUUGGUAAUAUUGUACGGAAUUUGGCUUUUUCUAAACAUGCUCUAAUCCUUAAACAGGAUCUAGAAGCACUGAAGUUAAUUUAGAUAUGUUUACAAACUUCUGUAAAUAAUCUUUUACACAAGACAUUUUUCCAAAUCCAAGCAGAGUAAAUAUUUAAUAUGGAGGAGUUAAUUUGAAGGCCACUAAUCUUAUUUUAACAAAUGGUAUUGAAGAUCCUUGGAGGUGGGCUGGAUUAUAAUAGUCAUCAGGUGAUAUAGUAAGCUAUCUUAUUGACUGUGAUGAUUGUGCUCAUUGUGUAGAUUUAUACACUCCAAAAGAAACAGAUGCUCUUGUAUUAAAGUAAACUAGAGAAAAAAUUGUUGAACACUUUUCUUAAUGGAUCAAAGAACACUAUGAUAGUCUUGAAAAAAGCAACUAAAACUUAAAUAUUACAAAGACUAAUUUUGUAAAAAGUUAAUUGUUAAGAUUGUGA